UGGCCACACUUAUAAACUUGUCAAACCUUCACGCUUGGUCCUCGAAGUCCAACGUCGCGCUCAGAGUUUGGAAAUUUUCAAGUGACUGGAAAAAAAAAAAAAAUCAAACGUUUUAGAGGAAUAGGCUUUACGGGAGCACGGCGGAAAAAUAAAAGGAAAAAAAAGGGAGAAUUUCUUUUUGGUGUGAAAAACUAGAAAACAAGUUUGAUUAUGGACCCAGGGAAACAGUCGGGCGCUCCACCAGCGGCAUGGUCUGGCGAGAAGUCCUCCAUGGGCCAAGCGCCCCCUCCGCCGCCCUACCAGGACAACCUUAACCCGGGGUUCCCUCAGACUGGCCUCGGAUACCCUCAACCUGCCCCGGGAUACCCACUACAGGGUUACCCCGUACAGUCUCCAGGGGCAGGUUAUGAACAGCAAGCCUACCCCAUGGGUGGACAGUACCCUGCUACGAUGAGUACUGUCACGGUCCAGCCAACAGUCUAUGUGGCUCAGGGCCCCCUGGCUAACCCUGUCAACGACUACUUGGGCUACUCCAUCUUCACCAUGCUGUGCUGUUGCCUGCCACUUGGAAUUGCUGCCCUUAUCUUCUCCAUCUCAGCUCGGGAAGCCAACCACAUUGGCGACCGGAUGUCAGCGGAGCGCAGCAGCAGGACUGCCAGGACACUGAACCACGUGGCCCUGGGACUCGGGAUCUGUGGCCUAAUCCUCACAAUUGUUUAUGUAGCAGUUGUGACAACUACAUUAAUGAAGUAAUGAUUUAACAUACUUUCUAUAUUCCCUGUCCCCAUGCUUAUUCAGAAUCAGGUUAUGCGAUCAUAUCAGGAAUAUUACUAGCCAUUUGGAUGAGGUUUUACAUGUUGCUCCCUGAUUGGCUGAAAGUGCUUUGAAAAGUUAUUGAAAUGGGCAAUAUAUUGCUAUUAUAAUGCAGAAUCCAUCCAAUCCAAUGUAACCCAUUACUCUUCAGCAGUGUAGAGUAACAUCUAUUGCAAAAGAUUCAUAUUUUAUCAACAGUUAUUGUGCUAGUGAUUUGCUUUUCUAUGUUAUCGCACAUCUAUAAUCGUGUUUUUUUUGUUUGGUUUUUUUUUUUCCACAGUCAUUUCUAAAGUUUGAUGGAUUAAGAGUUCAGUUUAGUGUUCCUACAUCACACGAGCAAAUUCAGGCUAUACAAAGUUUACAAUUUAUGCUUGAAUGAAAAGGACGUUAGAUUAAAGUUUAACUUUUGAGUUUUGUUCAGUUAGCGUCUUCAGCAAGAUUUUUCUAUUAAAAGUAUAAAAAAUAAAUAAAUAAAUAAAUGGUGAAGGUGACAUCAUUUGACCUGCUCUGUCCAAUUAUGCAGACUAAAAGGUUUUCCAACGUAAAAAUUCCUCACAGAUGGAGAGAAUUGGUUUUGUGAUGCUCGUGCUUAAAAAACAGCAGAAGACGAGUCUGUUGAUGUGUCUCAACACUAAAAAGAGAUUCUCCAAAGUCUUAUUUUUGUUUUUGUUUGGGUUUUUUUUGUUUAUUACGGUUUAAGAGGAACGCGAAGCUUCUCACGAAAUCAGCAGCAAAGUAUAAACAGUGGAGGCAUUAUGGUGAGCUGCAGUUCAGUUUGGCUCUGACUCAAGCUGUAUUCAAACUUGUGUAUGUAUCACCGGCAUUUUAUUACUCUGUGUUCUUUGUACCCAAAGCUUUUGACUGUAUACCAAAUUUCUCUAUAAAUAAAGUUGAAGUAUAUCAAGAGAAAAA